AGGUUGCAGCUCUUGGGAACUUGUCCCUGCCCAUAAGAUCCUGAAGGGCCCUUCAUUUUUAUUAUCACUGGGACAGUUAGAACUUCUUUCUUUCUCCGUGUCAGCCAUCAGGAGGUGCCUGACAGACUGCCCAACAGGACUCUACUGCCCAGCAGAACAGUAGGGGAGUCAAGUGGCUCAGGUCUACUGUGGACUACUAGAUUUUGUCUUCCUCUUCAUCUCAUUUUCACUCACUGAUCUCUACCAUUGACUUGGGAAUCAGAAACCCAUAUCCAUCUAGAUGAUUGAUUUUGAUGAUGUGGCUGCAAUAAAUCCAGAACUCUUACAGCUUCUUCCCUUACACCCAAAGGACAAUCUGCCCUUGCAGGAGAACGUAGCUAUUCAGAAGCCAAAACGCAGAUCAGUCAACUCCAAAAUUCCCGCUCCAAAGGAAGGUCUUAGAUGCCGUUUAAGUCGCAUGUCCGCUGUCCCAGAAAAUCGUGUCGCUACUCAGGAGAAUGAUAUGGAGGUGGAGCUGCCUGCACCUACAAAUACUCGCAAGCACUUUUCUGGGUCCACAGCUGCCCCCCCAAGGCCUUCCUGCUCAGCAAUAACUGAAAUACCAUUGACAGUUGUCAGCGAGGAGGUGGAAGAGCAAGUCCAUUCUACCCGAAGCUCUUCUUCUACAAACCCUGUGAACUCAGUCCGGAGGAAAUCAUGUAUUGUGAAGGAAAUGGAAAAAAUGAAGAGCAAACGUGAAGAGAAGAAGGCCCAGAACUCUGAAAUGAGAAUAAAGCGGGCUCAGGAGUAUGACAGCAACUUUCCAAACUGGGAAUUUGCUCAGAAGAUUAAGGAUUUUCGAGCUAAUUUGGAAUGUCAUCCACUUACUGUGACUGACCCUAUUGAAGAACACAGGAUAUGUGUCUGUGUUAGGAAACGACCACUGAAUAAACAAGAAUUGGCGAAGAAAGAAAUUGAUGUGAUUUCCAUUCCUAGCAAGUGUCACCUCUUGGUGCAUGAGCCCAAGCUAAAAGUGGACUUAACAAAGUAUCUGGACAACCAAGCAUUCUGCUUUGACUUUGUAUUUGAUGAAAUGGCUUCAAAUGAAGUUGUUUACAGGUUCACAGCAAGGCCACUGGUACAAACAAUCUUUGAGGGAGGAAAAGCAACCUGUUUUGCAUAUGGCCAGACAGGAAGUGGCAAGACACAUACUAUGGGUGGAGACCUCUCUGGGAAAGCCCAGAAUGCAGCCAAAGGGAUCUAUGCAAUGGCCUCACGGGAUGUCUUCCUCCUGAAGAAUCAACCCCGAUACAGGAACCUGGGCCUUGAAGUCUGUGUGACAUUUUUUGAAAUCUAUAAUGGAAAGGUAUUCGACCUGCUUAACAAGAAGGCCAAGCUGCGUGUGCUGGAGGAUGGCAAACAGCAGGUGCAGGUGGUAGGGCUGCAGGAGCACCUGGUGAACAGUGCUGAUGACGUCAUCAAGAAGAUCGACAUGGGUAGUUCCUGCAGGACCUCUGGGCAGACAUUUGCCAACUCCAACUCUUCCCGAUCCCAUGCAUGCUUCCAGAUUCUUCUUCGAGCCAAAGGGAAAAUUUAUGGCAAGUUCUCUUUGGUGGAUCUGGCAGGGAACGAGAGAGGUGCAGAUACUUCCAGUGCUGAUCGACAGACUCGCAUGGAGGGUGCAGAAAUCAAUAAAAGUCUCCUGGCUCUGAAGGAGUGCAUCAGGGCCCUGGGACAGAACAAGGCUCACACCCCAUUCCGAGAGAGCAAACUGACACAGGUGCUGAGGGACUCCUUUAUUGGAGAGAAUUCAAGGACCUGCAUGAUUGCCAUGAUCUCACCAGGCAUAAGCUCCUGUGAAUAUACUUUAAAUACACUAAGAUAUGCGGACAGGGUCAAGGAGCUGAGUCCCCACAGUGGGCCCAGUGGAGAGCAGCCAGCCCUAAUGGAAACAGAAGAGAUGGAAGCCAGCUCUAAUAGGGUCCUGAUCACUGACAAUUUUUCCAAGGAAGAAGAAGAACUGUCUUCCCAGAUGUCCAGCUUUAAUGAAGCCAUGACUCAGAUCAGGGAGUUGGAGGAUAGGGCCAUGGAAGAGCUCAAGGAGAUCACACAGUCAUGGCCAGACUGGCUAGAACUCUCCGAGAUGACUGAGCAGCCAGACUAUGACCUGGAGACCUUUGUGAACAAAGCAGAGUCUGCCCUAGCUCAGCAAUCCAAACACUUCUCAGCCCUGCAAGAUGUCAUCAAGUCCUUACGUCUGGCCAUGCAGCUAGAAGAGCAGGCCAGCAAACAAAUCAGCAGCAAGAAACGGCACCAGUGACCACUGUAAAUAAAGAUCUGUUUGGCUUCA